GAGAGAGAAAAAAACUAGAGAGGGGAGAGAGGCCAGAGGAAGUAGAGAAAGAAAGAGAGAGGGUUUGAAGGUUAUCCACACUGCAAGAAGUUUCUUCGCUUUCUCUGCAUUUUCAAUUUCCAAGUGUCAAAGCACAGUAAUGGCUAGAAAGUUGAGGCUUUGAAGAAGAGUUGGAACAAUAGUACAAUGGAGUGUAUAGGAGCUCGAAACCUCGCAGCAAUGGCGGUCUCCACAUGGCCCACUUGGAGGUCACGGAGUCAGAGACUGAGAAACAAAAAAUGCCGUUCAUUACAUAGAUAUAGUUUGUGUAUAUCGUCUCUACAUGUAAGCUCUGGUGCAGGAAGCGAGAGUUGUGUGGUCGUUAAGGAAAAUUUCGCCGACGAAGAAGACUAUAUCAAGGCCGGUGGGUCUGAACUUCUUUAUGUGCAAAUGCAGCAGAACAAGGACAUGGAUAUACAGUCCAAGCUCUCCGACAAGUUACCACAAAUAUCUACCGGAGACACUACACUGGAUUUGGUGGUGAUUGGUUGUGGCCCAGCUGGUCUUGCGCUUGCUGCAGAAUCUGCUAAGUUAGGUUUGAAUGUUGGACUUAUUGGGCCAGAUCUCCCUUUCACAAAUAAUUAUGGUGUGUGGGAGGAUGAAUUCAGAGAUCUUGGACUUGAAGGGUGUAUUGAACAUGUUUGGCGGGAUACCAUUGUAUAUCUUGAUGACGAUGAUCCCAUACUGAUUGGUCGUGCUUAUGGACGAGUUAGUCGACAUAUGCUCCAUGAGGAGCUGUUGAAAAGGUGUGUCGAGUCAGGUGUUUCAUAUCUUAGCUCUAAAGUGGAAAGGAUUGUUGAAGCUACAAAUGGUCAGAGUCUCAUAGAGUGUGAACACAAUAUUGUUAUUCCCUGCAGGCUUGCUACGGUUGCAUCUGGAGCAGCUUCAGGGAAACUCUUGCAGUAUGAGGUGGGGGGUCCCAGGGUCUCUGUCCAAACAGCUUACGGGGUGGAGGUCGAGGUGGAAAACAAUCCAUAUGACCCUAGCUUGAUGGUUUUUAUGGACUAUAGAGACUUUGCCAAACAAAAAAGUCAAAGCUUAGAAGCACAAUAUCCAACAUUUCUCUAUGCCAUGCCUAUGUCUCCCACAAGAGUCUUCUUUGAGGAAACUUGUUUGGCUUCAAAGGAUGCAAUGCCUUUUGAUCUGCUAAAGAAAAAACUCAUGUCAAGAUUAGAGACAAUGGGAAUUCAGGUUAUAAAAACUUAUGAAGAGGAGUGGUCUUAUAUUCCAGUUGGUGGAUCAUUACCAAAUACAGAGCAAAAGAAUCUUGCAUUUGGCGCUGCUGCUAGCAUGGUGCAUCCAGCCACAGGCUAUUCAGUUGUGAGAUCAUUGUCAGAGGCUCCAAAAUAUGCACAUGUAAUUGCAAAUAUUUUAAAGGGAAGCCAUUCCAAGGACAUGCUUACUCGAACUAGGAGCACUGAAAAUAUCUCGACACAAGCUUGGAACACUCUUUGGCCACAAGAAAGGAAACGGCAGAGGGCAUUCUUUCUAUUUGGACUGGCUCUCAUUCUGCAGCUGGAUAUCGAGGGCAUCAGGACAUUCUUUCAUACUUUCUUCCGUUUACCUGAGUGGAUGUGGUGGGGUUUUCUUGGCUCUUCUCUUUCCUCGGCUGACCUUGUAUUAUUUGCCUUCUAUAUGUUUGUUAUAGCACCAAACAACCUGAGAUCAUGUCUUAUCAGGCACCUACUUUCUGAUCCUACCGGGGCUAUUAUGGUAAGAACAUAUCUCACAAUAUAAUUUGUAGUUUUGGUACUUCUUCCCCAUCAUGUUAUUCCUUCUAUGAUAAUGUUUAACAAAAGCAAGAAGCCCUCCCCCUUUUGAGAAGUAUGUAUAUAUAAAUUUGUAUUUGUGUAUUCUGAGAUUGAUAUAUGAUGGACUUUUUGUUUCCUUAUUAAA